AUGUCGAAGCAAACAAGACAGUACAUGUUCUUAGAAGAUAUAAAUAAUAUUGGCGAAGAGUUUUCAGAAAUUAGUGAAGAUGAAUUUUCUGAAAUAGAAGAUAUAUUGGUUGAAAAUAAAAAUGAGUUUGAUUCAACAGAUACUGACGAUGAAGAGGAAAAUAUUGUGAAUGUAUGUGGUGGCCGAAAAAGAAUAAGAAAUAAGAGUUCAAAAGAAAGUGAAGUAGAAAUAAAUGAACAAAAUGUUGCGAAUGGUGGAUCUGUUAGGCAACAAAUACAAGUAGGUGGCACACCUGGAAGAGCACCACUUCAUAACAUUUUCAGGCAAGAAGUAGGCCCAACAGGAAAUGCAAAACGUCAUAUAAUGAAAG